CAUAGUUUUUCAACAAACAUCCAGCUAGUUCGUGUGCACUAGAUUGAAUUGACGCGGAAUGGUUUACCAAUAGUCAACACAAGGCGUCGCUCUCUCACCUCACACAAGUUUUCAAUGAUAUAGAAAGGACUUUUAUUUUGACAGGUUGGUCACGUUGCUGUUGCUUACGCACAGUCGGUGGAUUGAGGGUAUGUGGAAAGUAGGAAUGUCGGAGGAGGUUGGAAAAGCGUUACAAGCGGUGGUAGACAGGGUAAAUCAAGCCGCGGCACGUCGACCCAAGACGUUGCCCGUGGUGCCGCCCCGCCUGGUAGCUGUAAGUAAGACGAAACCACCCGACAUGGUGAUCGAGGCGUACCGAAAAGGACAUCGCAACUUUGGUGAAAACUAUGUGAAUGAACUUGUGGAUAAAGCUUCAAAUCUUCAGAUUUUAGAAUCAUGCCCAGAAAUCGAGUGGCAUUUUAUUGGCCAUUUACAGAAGAAUAAUGUCAACAAACUUUUGGGUGUACCAAACCUGUUCAUGGUGGAGACAGUGGACUCUGUCAAGUUGGCCGACAAGGUAAACAGCUCCUGGCUGCGGUUGAGAACAGCUAGUACGCAGACGUUAAAGAUCAUGGUUCAGAUCAACACCAGUGGGGAGGAAAGUAAACAUGGACUGCCUCCUGGUGAGACCGUGACCACGGUGAAACACAUUUUAUCCAAAUGCUCUGCCCUACACUUCUCCGGACUUAUGACCAUAGGUCGCUAUGGCUACGACCUAGCUGAUGGCCCUAACCCAGAUUUUCAGGCUUUGCUGAGUCGGCGACAGGAAGUGUGUGCCAGUCUACAACUGCCGCUUGAGGAUGUGGAGCUUAGUAUGGGCAUGUCCACUGACUUCGAACACGCGAUUGAGGUGGGUUCAACCAACGUGCGAGUGGGUAGUACUAUUUUUGGAAAUAGGGAUUAUCCCAACACUCCCACUCCCAGUCCAGAGAAAAAGUCCAAGGUUCCGACAGAAGAGGCAGCUAAGAAGAUGGAGCGUCUCACUGUGACAGAACAGUGAUGUCUCUCCUUCCUACACUCACAACAGGCUGAAAAGGAUUUAGAAUUUUAUGAGAUUUUCUGGAAUGAAACAACAGCAAGUUUCCACAGUAUGUCUUUAUGAUGUCUUUGGUUGAUGUAGUAGUUUUCUACAGAGCCCAUUCAUUUAUUUGAGCAUUUUUACAUGACGUUCGAUCUUUUAAGUUGACGUUGCAAACUUCUUCUCACAUUAGACAUAGAUUCUCAUUAAUCGAUUGAUGGUGUUGGAUAUAAGAAGUUCCUUACCUCACAUCUUGGUCUUGUGCCAACCCUAGAUUCAAUAGAUACUGUUUUACACGAUAACGGAAAUAGAGAUAAUUUGGAGAGUCAAGCAGAGGUCGACUCCCCCUUAUAUCAUGACGUAUGGUAUGAGUCGAUUAAAUUGUUUUGUAUGGUGUCAGAUAUUUGACAUUUUUAUAAUUGAUAAACCAAAUUAGAAAACAGUAGGUAAAGAGUGAUUCAUACCAUAUGUUUACAUUUCCGUGUUAUUUCAUUUUGUGUGAUGUCAGUGAUUUCUUCUUGUCUGAAUUAUUUGUUGGUGCAGUAAAAAAAAAUAAGAAUUAACCUAUGCAAAAAGGAAAUAGUUUAGUUUGUUCAGUUAUGAGAUUUUCUAUCCGAUAGUUAUUAUGGAACAAUAAGGCUGUAGUUACCAUCAAUGUAAAACUAAAUCCAUAACGGAGGGUGAUAAUGAUCACAUUCACUUAAACAAGAUACAGGGUUAAAUUAAAACUGAGGAAGGUGACGAGCAAUAAAAUAUUUAUUGAAAAUAACUUGUUAUAAAUAAAAAAAUCCUAUUCAGGAAAUGUAAAUGAAUGUUACAUAAACAAAAGAACCACAGAUGGGAAUCAAAUACUUUUUCCAUUUUUAUUGAGUACAUUGAAAUGACAGCCAACCAAAAGUGAAAACCUUGUGACUUUAUUCCUUGUCAUAACACUACAAUAUUGUAUUUGCAUCUUACUGAUAUCUAGAUUGUAACCUAAACCCAUGUUCAGUUUUGAAUAUCUCAAGGGUAUUUUAUCAUGGGCAUUCAAAUUUAAUCUGCACCUGAUUUAAUGAUUAGUUGGUCUUUAAAAAAAACGGGGCUGUUUGGACCUCUAGAAAUAUAAAUAAUGCCAUGUUUUCUGGAAUGAUACUGCUCUUCAACAGAAGGUAAGGAUGGGGAUGCCAUUCUACUUGUGAACUGGUGUUUGGGCGUGAACAGGUCAGUCAUUAAGAUAUCCCUAUUAUUAGCUAUGUUACAAUCAUGUUAGUAGACUAAAUCACAAUAUAGUCCAAAUACAAGUGUUUAAACCAAACGUAUACAGUUUUCAGAAAGACCAAGAUCUACAAAAUACUAGUAAUGUGGAUCUGACUGCUUAGUCCAAAGUGACACAUCAUUGAAAUUUGACUUUUGCCACUGCUUAUAUGUACAGUCCAACAAAGUGUAUACAACAGCUACACAGCAGUAGACCUAAUACAACAAAAUGGACACAGGUGCUGCUUACUUAUCACAAUAAUUAAAAUCACUGAAUAAUAAUGGACAAUACAAAACACACUGCAUCUCCUCAAUUCAUUUGCUUCCCGGGUUUAAAAGGUGCCAUCUGCAGUUGUUACAUACAUUUUUAGACUUAGAAAUUAAUAUGUUCCCAUUGAUUCUGGAGCUUCGUUCAACCGUUGUACCCCAUCAGAACCUAAAAUAUAAGCUUGUUUUACUCCAAUGUUUAUAAACAAAGUAAAUGUAAACACACAAUUUUGAUCUCAUAGUUGGUCAGUCCUUGAAUUUAUAGCUGUGACUAACAAUUUGUGUGGUUAAAUUUCUCCAGCCCUAUCCCUCAGCUGCAACUCCACCACUUCUCAACCUCAUUCAUUAUCUCCAGCAUAAUACCAGUGUUAACAUAUGUGAAAUGGCACAUUUAUUUUUAUAUAAAAAAAAUAAGUAAAGUUCUACCCGAUGACAUCAAAAGUUAAAACAUUUUAAAAACUGAUUUAAAACAGAUUUGUGGUGGUGACGUGGGGAGCAAGAAACUCAUGGCAGGUUUUGAAAAUCACUUUUUUUAGUACCUUAAAUGAGCUGGUUUCACAUGCGUACACUGAGGUUGAAAGUGGCGGAAUUGCCCUUUUUAAGCAUCUCUACUAAAUCACAUCGACACCAUGUCUCUCUGCCAGUCAGCUCUGUAUGGGUGUGAUGCCUGUCUGAUGCCAUCACUCAAUCAGUGAUGGCCUGUGAGCAUUACACCAACUUCUUGGCCUCAAAGAAGCUCUUGAGGUGCUUCAUCUGCCAGAUGCCAGUGACGAUGAGGAUAAGCGUCUGAGCUAUCGACCACCAAAGCACGCGCUGGUUGGUGCUCUCACUUGUCAUGCGGAACCGCUCCUCACGAUACUGUUAAAAGACAGACAUUCCACAACACGGAUUUGUAUAGCAUGUUUAAAUACCUUUCAAGAUUUUAUUAUCACAUAUGUUGUAGCUUAGUUAUUACACUCAAAAGGUAGACUUUAUCUUUCAACUUACCCGCUGAUAGUUUUGUUCUUUCUGGAUUUGUUCUACUUGGUCCAGUAAUUGUCGAGCUCUUAAUUGCAGCUCUGUGAGCUUGUCUUUUGCUGCGAUUUCAGGGUAGUUGUUGGUAUGCUCACCAACCUGAAUAUCCAGGUGGACUCUCUGUAAGAUAGAACACAAGGUUAUAAUGCCAGACUUGUGUAUGUGUGUCGUUAACAGGGUGAAUGGGCAAGAAAGAAAUAUGUAAGUGCCUUCGAACAGGGUAUGGUAGUCGGUGCCAGGCGCACCGGCUUGUGUCAAGAAUGGCAACGCUGCUGAGUUUUUCACGCUCAACAGUUUCCCUGUGUGUAUCAAGAAUGGUCCACCACCUAAACGACAUCCUGCUAACUUGACACAACUAUGGGAAGCAUUGGAGUCAACGUGGGCCAGAAUCCCUGUGGAACGCUUUCGACACCUUGUAGAGUCCAUGCCCCAAUGAAUUGAGGCUGUUCUGAGGGCAAAAUGGAGAGGGGGGGGGGGGGUGCAACUCAAUAUUAGGAAGGUAUUCUUAAUGUUUUGUAUUCUCAGUGUAUUUACUGCUUUAUGUAAGUUUUUUUUUUUUUUGUGUAAGAAAAUUUUUCUGAACAACCCAUUCUGUAUGAGCAACACAUUCCACUCAUACCAGUUUGCCACCAGCAAACAGGGCCAUCUUGGUGGAGUUGGAGAGCAGGCAGAUCUGGUGCUCGCCUGGUGUAUGGGAUGUGAAGGUGAACCGUCCAUCUGACCCAUACUGACGAGACAGGAUGAUCUAGAAUAAGAAGGAUUUGGAGAGAAAUAGAGACGAUGAAACACACAUGGAGGCAUUGUGUGCAUGAAGAUAUGAUAUUUAGAUUGUUGUCUUGUGUAUAUGUAUUGUGUGACGCAAAAUGAAUUGCCCUCAUUGAGGUCAUUCAAGUUUCCUGAAUAUACAAACUGUAGUGACUGUAAACAUUUGAGAGCGUGGUAACUUUAUUUCUAAUCUCUCAUGGACUGACAACGUAAAUUACGCAAAAUUGUUGUUCUGGGUUAACCGAGAUUACAUUACAUCUCUUUUCUCAUUGAUGGAAUGACCUUAGUAUCUGGAUCCUUGAUCUCCACAUGCAUUCCAAGGCCAGGGGUGGCUGGGAGGAACGAUCCGGUCUGCUUGUCCCACAGCUGGGUCCUGUAUUUCCCUAAAAAUAGAGAGAUGACAUUUGACAAAUAAAACAAUUUUAUGAAAGCUAUUCCUCAUAUCCUCAAUACACUGCACUGGCUCACCACAUAUUAAAUAAUCUUCUCAUCUUUUGUAGCUAGCUCGAAAACGAUUUUUAUUUAUUAAGACCCAUGUGAUAGAUAUUUUUCAUCCGUCUGGAAAUUAAAGACAUGCAUGCACUAACUGACUGAAUAAAAAUAGCCUAUGAGCCAGAAGCAGCUAACUAGCUAGCUAACGUUAACCAGCUAUAGCUAACGCUAAAACCAUAGCUAGCUAACUUACCAAUAACCAUAGUUUCAUCUGGAAUUUCCUCUAUAAAGCAUUUUUUCUCCGUCUCCCCAAUGUGAAAAUAGAGAGCGUAACUUGGAGAGAGCCAAGCAAAUAAUAUGAUAAUUCCGGCGCCAGGUAGAGUGAGCAUCAUGUCAAAACAGCUUUGUUGUCACCAUCAACAGUCAGCGCAGUAGAUGCUAGUGAUGGGUCGUUCGCGAACAAACGGCUCUUUUUGAACGGAUCUCUUUGGUGAACGUUGGGAACCGAACCGCAUCGGUGAAAGAGCCGUUCAUUUGGUUCCCUGAUUUGCAUACUGCUACUACUGCUAUUUGAGCUCAAAUCAACGUUUUUCUGUAGAUAAUUUAGAAAAUAAUGAUCCAAAGAGGAUGAAUCCUCACUGCAGAAACAAUAGUGGAGAGAGCGCGUCAAUCUGAUCCGUUUGGGAGCCAAACGAGCCGGCUCUUUUACGUGAACGGAGCCGAUUGAGCCGGCUCACUAAAAAGAGUCAGAAUGCCCAUCACUAGUAGAUGCAAGCAGCUGCUGCUGUACUUUUAUUUUGAAACCCCGUCGGAAGUGUUUUUAAUUUUUUUACAGGAUCGCACACUACCCAGAAUGCACUUCACCGAGACAGAUUUUGGUGGCGUUAUGAUGCGAGAAUAUCUCGGCAUCUACAAUUGCAUUUUACUGUGGGACGUUAUAAAACGGUGUUUGGAUGUUGUAAAGACAAUUUGUCUGUGGCAUUUAGCUAUUUUUUUCUGAUUCAAAGUUAUCCUCAUGGCUUAGUACAAUGCAGUAACGUAAACUCACCCCAUUCCGUACAAAUGUGCGCAACCGCAACAUUCAAACGAGGCUACAAAGAAAUCUAAUGGGACUGUAGCGACUGUGUUGACUUCAAAAUCGGGAGUGUGAACUAGGUUUCUAUUCAAGCGUUGAUCGUUCAUUUCUAGCGAGAAAUGUGUUAAAGCUGCGGUGUAAGCAAGAUAAUCAACUCUGUUUUCUGGGAAAUAAUGCAACUCUGUGGAAGGUUGGUGCCACAAUGAGCCAGAUAUUUCACAGGAUGUGUAAAUGUGAAGCAUCCGGUUGGCGUUUCCACUCACUACCAGAUAUGGUGGUGAGAGUAAGCCCAGUGGCCGGCAGUGGGAGGAGAUGGAUUUUGUCCGACAUUCUACUAAUUUUCUCAUCAAUGAAACAUUUGAUGUCCAUACCGUCCCCCCACCAAAAAACUAGAAUCUGUAACAAAGAAUCUGAAAAAAUUCUGUUUAGAAAGAGUGCCAGGACGAAUUUAGUUAUUGCACAUACGCACUUCAGAGUAGGCGCUCCCUAACGGAAAUAUGCAAUUAAAUGUUAUAAAGUGUCAACAGGAUCUCACUAGUUCGUGCUUGGUUCUGCCCACCUCGUUUUGUCCAAUGUUGUUCAUAGAGCUAAUGGUGUGGAGUAGCUGAUGUAUAGUUGAAGUCGGAAGUUAACAUACACCUUAGCCAAAUACAUUUAAACUCAGUUUUUCAUAAUUCCUUACAUUUAAUCCUAGUAAAAAUUCCCUGUUUUAGGUCAGUUAGGAUCACCACUUUAUUUUAAUCACGUGAAAUGUCAGAAUAAUAGUAGAGUGAUCUAUUUCAGCUUUUAUUUCUUUCAUCACAUUCCCAGUGGGUCAGAAGUUUACAUGCACUCAAUUAGUAUUUGGUAGCAUUGCCUUUAAAUUGUUUAACUUGGUUCAAGCGUUUUGUGUAGCUUUCCACAAGCUUCCCACAAUAAGUUGGGUGAAUUUUGGCCCAUUCCUCCUGACAGUGCUGGUGUAACUGAGUCAGGUUUGUAGGCCUCCUUGCUCACACACACUUUUUCAGUUCUGCCUACAAAUGUUCUAUGUGAUUGAGGUCAGGGCUUUGUGAUGGCAUCUCCAGUACCUUGACUUUGUUGUCCUUAAGCCAUUUUGCCACAAUUUUGGAAGUAUGCUUUGGGUCAUUGUCCAUUUGGAAGACCCAUUUGCAACCAAGCUCUAACUUUGAUGUCUUGAGCACCCCCACAACAUGAUGCUGCCACCCCCGUGCUUCGCGGUUGGGAUGGUGUUCUUCGGCUUGCAACCCUCCCCCUUUUCCCUCCAAACAGAACAAUGGUCGUUAUGGCCAAACAGUUCUAUUUUUGUUUCUUCAGACCAGAGGACAUUUCUCCAAAAAGUAUGAUCUUUGUCCCCAUGUGCAGUUGCAAACCGUAUUCUGUCUUUUUUUAUGGCGGUUUUGGAGCAGUGGAAGCCACUUCCUUGCUGAGCGGCCUUUCAGGUUAUGUCGAUAGAGGACCUGUUUUACUGUGGAUAUAGAUACUUUUGACCUGUUUCCUCCAGCAUCUUCACAAGGUCCUUUGCUGUUGUUCUGAGAUUGAUUUGCACUUGUGUUUAUACUUGCGGAAUAUUGUCUGUACAGAUGAACGUGGUACCUUCAGGCGUUUGGAAAUUGCUCUCAAGGAUGAACCAGACUUGUGGAGGUCUACAAUUAUUUUUCUGAGGUCUUAGCUGAUUUCUUUUGAUUUUCCCAAGAUGUCAAGCAAAGAGGCACUAAGUUUGAAGGUUUGCCUUGAAAUACAUCCACAGGUACACCUCCAAUUGACUCAAAUGAUGUCAAUUAGCCUAUCAGAAGCUUCUAAAGCCAUGACCUAAUUUUCUGGAAUUUUCCAAGCUGUUUAAAGGCACAGUCAACUUAGUGUAUGUAAACUUCUGACCCACGGGAAUUGUGAUACAGUGAAUUAUAAGUGAAAUAAUCUGUCUGUAAACAAUUGUUGGAAAAAUUACUUGUCAUGCACCGACUUUCCAAAACUAUAGUUUGUUUACAAGACAUUUGUGGAGUGGUUGAAAAACUAGCUUUAAUGACUUAAACCUAAGUGUAUGUAAACUUCCGACUUCAACUGUACAUCAAAGAGGAUUUGAUCAUCCCACAUGUGAGUGCUGCCGGACUGGUUAUUCCUUGAUAGAUUUACAGAUCUUCCUGAUCUUAAAUUGAACAAUUAUCUCUCUGUUUUCUUGUACGUCACAGUUAAUUAUCGCUCUGUUUUCUCUUACGUCGCAGUUAAUUAUCGCUCUGUGUUCUCUUACGUCGCAGUUAAUUAUCGCUCUGUGUGUUCUCUUACGUCGCAGUUAAUUAUCGCUCUGUGUGUUCUCUUAUGUCGCAGUUAAUUAUCGCUCUGUGUGUUCUCUUACGUCGCAGUUAAUUAUCGCUCUGUGUGUUCUCUUACAUCGCAGUUAAUUAUUGCUCUGUGUGUUCUCUUACGUCGCAGUUAAUUAUCGCUCUGUGUGUUCUCUUACGUCGCAGUUAAUUAUCGCUCUGUGUGUUCUCUUACGUCGCAGUUAAUUAUCGCUCUGUUUUUCUUUUAGCAUCACAGUUUCUAUGACUUCAUUGUGAUGAAAGCUUGAGGCAAAAACAAACUAAAAUGUGCGGUAUAUUGAAAUAUGUAAGUUCAACUUUAUUCUACCAUAGGUCCACUCUUCAGCUUCGAUGUCCACAAUGACAUUCGGCUGGUGAAUGACGCCACCGUUGAAAAAGACGAGGUCAGGAGAUCUGUAUUUGUUUAAUCACAAUUAAUAUACUAUUCAAAUGCGUUUUUGUUACCUUUUCGAAUCAAAUGUAUUUGUCAGUGCAGCUUUAACACUGGUGAGCCUCCUUGGUAUGUCGUAGUCUCACACAGGUAGAGUGGUGCUGAGGAGCUGGUAUGAGAAGAACAAGCACAUCUUCCCUGCUAGUCGCUGGGAGACCUAUGACCCCGGAGAAGAAAUGGGACAAAUACACCAUCCGGUGAAAAUAUUGCCUUCAGGAUCAUUCUGGACCAGGAUUUUAUUUUCAUGUUUUACUAUUAAUGUAUUGUCAGAUGCAUUCUCCUUUCAGAUGAAUACAUUUCAUUAACUUUAAAACAUGAGUUUACUCUUCAUUGUUACUCCUCUACCUUUUUAUUUAAAUUCCCCAAAGUGUUGUUGCCUAAAUCAUGAAACCGUAGUGAUCUCUUUACCAAUAACAUAACAGUUCUGUUAAAGAAAUAUUCCCAUUUGAAUUCCUAUGAAAAUAUUUCCUUUAAUAAAAAAUUUAAAAAAAUACAAAUAAACCUACAGUUGGAUGCUGUCCACUGUGUUGAUAUAAAUUAGAUUAUAUCAACUUGAUUUAUUUAUAUUAUUAAAAAUAUAUAUUUUAA